CCCAGCUCUCCGCCGCCCAUACAGGUUCGCUUUCCUCGACUUUCGAAAGCGCACACACAACCCACCAACAUAUUUUCCCCGAGUCCGUCUUUUUUGAGAAACCCAUUUGCCUCUUGAGAUUCCGUCUCCCUCGUCCGCCCAAGAUGCCCAUAACAACUAACCGACCGGUUCCCGCUCCUUAUCCCGUCAGAGUUCACCAUUACCUCCCGUCGUCAUCAUCCUCGUCUUCCUCGCCCGCCCCGCACCCUGUCCAAACCUACGAGCACCUCAUUUCUUGGCCAUCAUCAUCAUCAUCAACAACAACAACAACAACAACAACGUCAGCGGCCCAACCGCCGCGAAACGCCCUCGUCUUCAUCGGCGGCCUGGGCGACGGCCCGCACACGAUCCCCUACGUCCGGAGACUGGCCGAGCACCUCGACGGGGCCGGAACCGGGGCGGGGGCGGGCUCGUACGCCGUGUUCGAGGCCCGGCUGUCGAGCGCGUUCUCCGGGUACGGGCACGCGUCGCUCGCGCAGGACGCCCGCGAGAUCGCCGACCUCGUCCGCUACCUCCGCCGCGGCGGCGGCGGCGGCGGCGGCGGCGGCGGCGGCGGUCCGGGCGUGGACAAGGUGGUGCUCAUGGGCCACAGCACGGGGUGUCAGGACUGCCUCGAGUACGCGGUGCGGGCGGGGUACGCGGCGGCGGCGGGGAAGAAGGAGGAGGGCGAGGGCGGGGAGGAGGAGACGUGGGUGGACGGGCUGGUGCUGCAGGGCCCCGUGUCGGACCGGGAGGCGGUCCGGCUGUCGGAGGACGGAGCAGAGGUGGAGCGGUCGCUGCGGGUCGCGGAGGAGAUGGUCAGGGAGGGGAAGGGAGGGGAGGUGAUGGAGAUGGAGGUGAUGCCGAAGGGCUGGAGGGGCACCCCCGUCACUGCGUACCGGUGGGCUUCACUGGUCGGGGUUGGCGGCGACGACGACUACUUCUCGUCGGACCUUCCCGACAGCAAGCUAGAGGAAAUCUGGGGCAAGCUGAAGCAGCCCGUCCUGAUCGUUCCUUCCGAGAAGGACGAAUGGGUGUCUCCAGAGGCCGACGUCACGGGCUUGGUCAACAAGUGGAAGAGCUUCUGCAAACCGGGCAUUGCGAGCGACCUCAGUGGGCUUAUCCCCGGCGCAAAUCACCGGGUGGACAAUGAGGCCGGGCAGCAGUGGCUUUUUGACCGCGUAGCCCGCUUCUUGGCUCAGCUCGGGGAGACACAGUGAGAGACGGGAUAUUACGGAUCACAUAUAACGAUAGACGGGGAGAAGGAAAGUCGGCCGGAUCUCGCGGGACUCGGCGAUCGGGGAACUCUGAGAUACGAGCGUAGUGUGAUGUAAUGCUUGUACGGAGUAAUUACACGCACAAUGGCAACUGCCCUUGUGUGCAACUUUGUGCGUACGACCCCACCGACGUGGCCCGCCGAGCCCCGCUGCUAUCGGCGACAGUGAUAGCGGGGACCCUUCAAAGGGUAUCCAAGUUCGGCGACUGGAAUCCCGCAUUACGAGUACUCUACCAAACGGAGGGGGGAACGUUGCUAUAUCACUAGGCC